UUUGUGUUUUUUAUGAGACAAAAUGUUUUGAUAUCUCAGAGAUCAAUUUGUUAUCUUUUCAAGAGGAAAUAUCUAUAUUAUGUGGAAGUAAACAUUUCCAAGCAGUAAAACAAUGCAUACUAAGCUUUAUUUAGGAAUACUAGUGUCUGUCAUACUAGGAAUAACAUUUUCAUGCCCAUCAUGUUUUUCAUAUAUUUUAUUUGGUCUCUUGCUUAUUGUCAGUAUUGUUCUGGGGAUUUUUACAGCAUUUUGGUUAAAUGUAUAUCUGUCUCUACCUCAUAAGACUACUGUAGGAGCUGAACACCAUUUGAAGCAGGCAGAAAAUUUUAGGAGCAGUAUUGUUAUGGACUAUGAGACAUCUCCUGCAGUAAAGAAUGUGAAUCCACAAUUGCCCCAAAUUUUUGGAAAAACUGUGGAUAGUUUGCUCCAGCAAUUGUUGGACUUUGUGCUAAGGGAUUAUAUUUUGAUUUAUAUCAAGGAUUAUGCAUUUGAAACAGAUAAUUUAGGAAAUAAUAUUAAGGAUGAUUUCUGGGGAGCCAUAAAUAAUCUUCACGAAAAGCUAUCUUCGGUUGAUCAGGCAAAAUUAAUAGCAAGUGAUAUUGUAUUAAAAGUUACAACGCAUUUUGAAAAGAUAAGAGAAGCUAAGGCGCUUGUAGAGGAUUCUGACCUACCUCCAGUUUUUUAUUUGUCUCCACAUGUGAUGUCAUCUGAAAAGGAAAUAGAAUACUUGCGCACAGUUAGUGAAUUGAUGAUAAUGUUUCUAUUACCAAGAACAUACUCUCUAUCACCCACCAAAUAUUUUCUACGUGAAGUAUUAUGCUGCAAAGUAUUCAAACCACUGAUAGACAUCCUAACGGAUCCUGAUUUCUUCAAUAGAAAUAUUAUCAAUUACAUUGAAGCCACACAGAUGCAAGUGAAUUUACCUAAGAAAGUUUUGGAAAAUGCAAACAAUUUUGAAGAACUUAUUGAUAAAAUUGAUGAUGUACAGGUUUUAAGAUCAAUUAGAUACACCAUUGUCACGAAACUCAUGCAAGCUACUACCCUGCAAAACUUAAACAGAGCCAAAGGUGUUGAUCUCGACAAUGAUAAGAACAUAUUAUCAUCAGCUGGUAUACCAAAGUCUGAUAUAAAUGCAGCGAAGAAGCUUAAGAAACAUAUCAAUCAGUUAACGUUAGCGAAAAAGAAUUGCGAGAAGAAAUUGAUCAGUUUAGGUUGGGAUUCUGGGUACCAGUACGGCGAAGAGAUGAAACGAGUUUUAUCACUUCCAACAAUUUUGGAACAUGUGCUAGGCAGAAAAUACAUAUCCCAAUUCUUACAAACGGUCGCCAGUAACGAUCUGAUCCGUUUUUGGUCAGCAGUGGAAGAAUUGCGCACCUCCCAGAAGACAAAUUGGCAUCAAAUCGGAGCAGAAAUAUUUUACACCUUUAUUCGAAAUCCUGUUUCCGAAAUUAAAGUUGACAAGAACACGAAAAAGCGCAUGGAAGCUUUUUUAUUAGGAGACAAAGGGCCUGAAGUUUUCUACGAAGUCCAAAACCAAGUCGUUCAAACCAUCGAAGACAAGUACUACCAACCGUUUCUAAUCAGCGAUUACUACAAAGAAAUGGUGAAUGCAAUUGACAACGAAGAAAACAUCAGUGACGAAAGUGGAGCUAUGGAAGAACGCCAGAUUUCGACAGACUCUGCAGAAAUUAUCGAAAAUACCUUAAAUGUUGGAGAUCAUUCAAACUACGCCAGAAGGAAGUUGGAUCAGUUGGAGGAGAAGUUAAAUAACAAGACGCAGGCUUUGGCUGCAUUGAAAUCAUCGAUGAGACCUGAAUCUAAAGUUUUAAGUAAACUGGAAAAAGAGGUGGAAUGGUUAGAAGGUGAAAAGAGGCAGCUGGAAGCUCAUAUAUCUAGAACAGAAAUAUGGGCGGAUAAUUUGGGAAGAUGGAGAGCUUAUGUGCAAUCUGCAGAGGUCUCAGAUGAAAAAGAACCCCCUCAGUUCGUGUUGGUAGUGCAGAUGGCCGAAGACGACUCUCCCGAGGGAGAAGAAGCGAUUUGCACAGGAUGGGUCGUAUGUAGAAAUCUGACGCAAUUCCAGGAGUUACAUAAAAAAUUGCGCCCUCUGUGUUCAGAUGUCCGUAAUUUGGAUUUGCCUACGAAUACUUUUAAAUUUCUGUUCGGAAAAAAUGAUAAAGUAUCUCUGGAAAAGGCAAAACAACAAAUACAAAAGUAUUUGAAUUUUGUCUUAAAGGAUGACAGAUUGAAUCAAAGCGAAGCUAUAUACGCAUUUCUGAGCCCCAGCUCAGAAAAUUUGAAGCAUUCUACACCAAAUACUAAGAAAUCAAGAUUUUCUUUUUCAACGCUCUUUAAGAGUGGCAGUGACCAAAGUAAAGACACGUACUCAAUCCUUAAAGAAAGCGAAGAGGACGACAUAUCUCAGUGUUUAGACACUGUAGAUACUGUAGAUUUUACUAAAAGUAACGGAAAUUCCUUAAAAAUGGCUGAUGAUACAAUAGCUGAACCUUUAUACGCGCUGCUAAGCGAAAUAUUUGACAUGAGAGGCGUAUUUAAGUAUGUCCGAAAAACUCUUAUAGGUUUCGUGCAAGUUACAUAUGGCCGCAACAUUAAUCGACAGAUUUAUGAUACGAUUUCGUGGUGGUUUUCGGAAGAAAUGCUUCACUACUACUUGACUGUUAUCCUGAAGAAUUUCUGGCCAGGUGGUACCUUGGCGGAGAUGGGUCCCAUUAGAUCCAAGGAGGAGAAGCUUCAGACUGCCCAGAAGGCCCAAGAAAUGUUCGUCAACAACGUCCCAGAACUUUUAACGACUUUGGUGGGAAACAAUGCUGGUAGACUUGGGGCCAAAAAAGUGUUUGACGCAUUCCAGGAGAAAAAUAUGAAUAAGCACUUGAUUUACGAAGUGAUCGAGGUUGUCUUGGAUGCUGUCUUUCCAGAAUUGGGCUGAAUUUUACACACUUUUUUCAACAAUGGUCUAGUCAAAUUACUACUUUGCAAUUAAGUUCUAAAAAACAUUUUUCUCUAAUGAUUGUAUCUUUGUUUUUAACUGUGAUAUUUUAUUUUCUACAUUUGCGUGUCUAUGAUAUAUUUGCCCGAUUUCACCAACGAUACCUAAAUAUUUAAGAAUUACCUAAGUGGGUUUAGGUACUUCCUAACUCUAAAACGGAUUUCACCAUACGAUAAGAAUUGCCUAAACCGCUUAAGCAUUACCUUACGGUAGGAUACGGAUUUCGAUCUCCCUAAACUUUAGGUAUUACUUAUCGUUGACAGUCAGGUUAUAUUUUUACAAUUUUGACUAAUGUACUUGUGACGUUUGUCAAUAAUUUGCUUCUUACCUUAAUUUUUCUGUUAUUCUGUAAUAUUAGGUAUAUUAGUUGUAAUUUUGUAUUUUCUUUUAUAUUAUUAAUAUAAUAUGUGUUGGAAAAUAUAGAAAAUAUAGAAAAUCCUUUGGAGUUUUUUACAGGUCUGUUGACAAAAUUAUGUAGUCUACCUACUAUCUAACAAACUAGUGUUGUGUUUCAAAAACCCAUUCACGAUAUAACUAAAAGUGUGUCAUUAAAAAAUUAAUAAUAAAAAGCAAUUUUCAACAUAUUAUUUAUUUUAAAAUUAUUUCAUUAAUUAAAAAUUCAAGUAACUUCAAUUUUUCGUCAUAAUAUGUAAAAUUUACAACUCUUUUCUUUUCCUCCAUUUCACUGUACAUAUUAUACAAAUAACACACAAGACUAUAUUUAUUAUAUACAAACUUAAUGCACAAAUAACUAACUACCUACUAAAUAAAAUAACUACUAUAACAGUAGAAAACUGAAUAAAACCAAAUUGGCAAACAAACAAUAAUGACAAAUAAUCGAAAAAGUAAGAAAAUGUCAUCUUAUUCUUCUUUUUAUUUAUCAAAAAUAGUUCAAACGUACCCUAGGUAAUACCUAGGAAAGCAUUUCCUAGAUAAGCAGUUGUUUUAGUUGUGAAAUGCGAUUGUUCCUAAGUAUUGGCUUAAGAAGUUCCUAUCGAUAAGAAUGACUUAAUAAGGCAACUGUUUAGGUAUCGUUGGUGAAAUCGGGCAAUUAUAUUUUAUACGUUAAGUAUUAAUUACUAUGAUGUAUUGCCGCUGAACAGUAUUUUAUAAAUUCCGUCUAAAAUGCUUUUAUUAUUUAUGUAAUGUAGCAUAUAACAAAUAUUUUAAAUAAAUGUAUAUACACUU